AUGACAAAUUCGCAGAGCGAAUCAAAUGCAAACACAUCUGAAGAAUUACUGUCUAAUACUUUACCUGCUCGUAUAGGUCCUUAUCGCUCUUUAUCAGCUAAACGACCGCGUGAUCCAUCCCAUCGUAAAAGUGUUUCAUUUAAUGAUGUUCCUAUUGUACAUGAAGUUCCAUUGCAUGAUACAAUGCGUAAUUCUAACUGUGAUACAUAUCGUUCAUGGGCAUAUACAGAUGCAACAACACCUACAUCUGUUAUCCCAUCGUUUUAUUCAUCACAAGUAAUUUUACCAUUUAAUUCAACCAGUGCUGCCGCUCAAAAAAUUCAUGCCAAUCGUUUAAGUAGUACUUUAUAUUCAACACCACCGACAACUAGUACAACAAAUCGAAUACCCGAUUGGGCUAUACGAGGUAAAACAUCAAAAUCUACAUCGAAUUCCGAAGAAAUAAAUACAACGAAUGAAAAUCAUUCUACCGGAAAUCCACCAGUGAUUAUUGUCCAUAUACCUGAUGAAAGGACAAUUAAAGAUACAUCAGUUAAAACAAAUACUCAAUCAACAUUGAAUAAUCUAUAUAAUACUCAUUCUCAAACAUCAUCAACACCAAUACCUUCCUCAUCACACAAUCUUGAAAAUGGAGAAGAAAAAAAAUAUCCAUAUCGUUCUGCAAUGGUACCAGAUACAGAUCAUUAUCGUAGUAUUCCAUUUAAUUAUGGACCAUUGUCGGAUUCUACAGCCACGUAUACAUCAAUGUUAUCGACAAAUCUAAUUCAAUCAAAUCAUUCUUCCACUGAACAACCUAUAACUGGACAUUCACGUACUGCACGUGCUCGUUCAGCUACUUUGCCAGGGACAGCCAAUCAUUCACCAACACGUGCUAAUGAUACUAUUUCAAUUACACCAUUUCGUGCAACAACAGCAAAUCUUUUAUCUAAUGGUUCAAAUUCAUCAACGAGGGCAGUUCUACGACCAACAACAAUUGCUUUUCAAUGUUCACAACCAGCAAAUACAACAAUGAAUACAAUCAAUGGUUCAUCAACAGUUAAUACGACAUCAACUACUAAUAAUACAAAUAAUACAAAUCAAUCAUCGACAACAAUCACAAAUACAACUAAACCACCCAUUGUACCAUCCCGUUUUGGUACAUCAGCAGCAGCUGCAGCUGCUGCUCAUUCUCGUUUUGUUAUACCUUCAAAUCGAACACUGUCAACAUCUUCAUUAAAUCCAUCAACAAUUAAAUAUACUUUUGCUCAUCCAACAAUGGAUUCAACAUUGACAAAUACAUUAACAACACAAGCAACAAUGCCAAAACCUCCACCAACUUCUUAUUCUCGUUCACGUUCAGCACAUGUUUUAAGUACAAGACGUUCAACUGCUUCACCUGUUGUUAUGCUCGAUGGUCAAUCUAAUGGUGGAACAACAACUAACCCUACUACCAAUUUAUAUGCAACAGCAAAACGCAAUCCAAAUGUGAGACAAACCUAUGGUUCUUAUUAUAUGCAUCGUGUUCUUUUACCCACGACCAUCCAUUAG